CCCCUCCCCUCUAAGCCUGAGCAGGAAUUCCGGGUCCUGGCACUCUCCCCAGACCUCCCGCUCUGGUCCAACGAGAGCACCUUCUGCUCCAAGUAGAUCCUUUCCCAGAUGUCCUAAGGACCCCCACAGACCUCCUACGCCCUGUCUUUCCUGAGGCCCCUUCUCUACUGCAGUCUCUCCCGUCUGCCCCGCUCAACCGUAUUCUCACUGCCACGUCCCCUGCCUCUGCACUCCCCUCUGUGUCCUGGUUCCACUCAGUCACUGCGGGGACCAAAACCGAGAUUUCCCUCGCGGACUCAUUGUGAGGGGGUAAAGCCAAAAAGUCAUUCAGCCCCAACCAGGUGGGCAUGGGGAGCAAUAGAUGCCCCUUCCCCAAAUCUGAGCCCUGGCGCCUUACUUGUUCCUAGCCGUUUCUCCCGUUCUGAUAGAAGACAUCCCCCAUUAUUCGGGCGGGCGUUCAGGCCACUGUCACCGACCCUAAGACCUGGUUCCUGGAACCCCCUAAGGGACGAGGAUCGUUCCGGAUGGGCCAGCUGUUUCACUUCACAGGCCAGCGCCGGGUCCUCGCCCCACGAGGGCUGUAACUCGAGCCGCUCGUCGCCAACCCCCCUCCCACUCCGCCCCAACUCUGCGGCCCAAGUCCCUGCGUCGCGCUGCCCCUUGUGGCCCUGAUCCCGACAGCAAGUCUGCCAUGGGCUGCCCAGCCUGCGUCCAUCUGGAGGUAUCGGGUGCUGUACAACAGGGCCGCUGGUUCGGGGCUGUCCUGAGCGGGUUGUGCUUUCUCUCCGCGCUGGUGUUGCUGGAGUGGCCACGGGUGCCGGCAGAAACCGCCUGGAGUGCAGCGAGAAAUGUAGACGCACCAGACCCUUCAGGGGUCUCCACUGUCCAGGUCCCCAGCUUGUUGACCAUACCGGUACCCCGAAGACGCCGGUACACGCUAACACCGGCCAGGCUGCGCUGGAACCACUUCAACCUCACCUACAGGAUUCUCUCCUUUCCCCGGAACCUUUUAAACCCGGAGGAGACCAGGAAGGGCCUGGCUGCCGCCUUUCGCAUGUGGAGUGAAGUUUCCCCGUUCCGCUUCCGUGAAGUGGCCCCCGAGCAUCCCAGCGACCUCCAGAUAGGUUUCUACCCGGUCAACCACACCGACUGCUUGGUCUCUGCCCUGCACCACUGCUUUGAUGGCCCCACAGGUGAACUGGCCCACGCUUUCUUCCCACCCCACGGGGGCAUCCACUUUGAUGACAGCGAGUACUGGGUCUUGGGCCCCACGCGCUACAGCUGGAAGAAAGGCGUAUGGCUCACAGACCUGGUGCAUGUGGCGGCGCACGAGAUUGGCCAUGCGCUCGGACUGAUGCACUCACAGCAAGAGCAGGCGCUCAUGCACAUCAACGCCACCUUGAGGGGCUGGAAGGCACUGUCCCAGGAUGAGCUGUGGGGAUUACACCGACUCUACGGCUGCCUGGACCGGCUCUUUGGGUGUACAUCCUGGGCACGAAAGGGAUUCUGCAAUACCCAUCAGAGGCUCAUGAAGAGGCUCUGCCCCAGAAGCUGUGACUUCUGCUAUGCAGAAUUCCCAUUCCCCACUGUCGCCGCCACCACACCACCCACCAGAAUGAAAACGAGAUUGGUCAAAGAGGGCAGGAACAUGACCUUCCACUGCGGGCAGAAGAUCCUACGCAAGAAGGGCAAAGUAUACUGGUACAAGGACCAGGAGCCCCUGGAGUUCUCCUACCCCGGCUACCUGGCCCUGGGCGAGGCACAGCUGAGCAUCAUUGCCAACGCAGUCAACGAAGGCACCUACACGUGUGUGGUGCGCCGGCACCAGCGUGUGCUCACCACCUACUCCUGGCGCGUGCGACUGAGGAGCUGAGCCUGCUAACAGCCAGCAGAUAAAGCACUUUCUCUCUGA